AUGACUGAGCGUUCUCUCAUGAUCCGCCACGCGCUGGCGGGGCGCUACUUCGCCGUCGGCAUGGACUUUCCCAGCGCGAGGGUGUUUGACGUGGCGACGGGGGCGCUCGCGGCGGUGGUGGAGGUGCCGCCACGGAGUCGCGCGUCGCUUGCGGUGGUGUCGCUGACGGCGCUGGCGCUGGGCACCGUUGCGGCGCCCCAGACCGCCGAGGAGGAAGAAGAAGAAAAGGCGAAAAGUUUGGUGGGCGUCUCCGGCGCCUGCCACGCGGCGGUGGGGCUGAGCAACGGCACGGUGCUGCUGCACAACGUGACGAAGGACGAACUCGUGCAACACCUCGCCGUGUCUGACACGCAGCAGGCGAUCACGGCGGCUGUGUUCUGUGGCCACUACUUAUUCUGCGUCGCGGCGAACCGCGCGCUCUGCGUCGUCGACUGCCUGCGUGGCGAGACGGUGGCCGCCCACCUGCGUUUGCAGCACGACGUGGGCGCCAUCGCGGUCGUGGCGUCUGCAGGGCAGGACACGCCACACGGCGUGCCCGCGACCGGGUCUGCGUUCCUCGUCUUUGUAUCGGGGCCCACCAACGCCGUGUACACGCUUUUCCUCGGCGCCGGCGCCGCCCAACGCGCGGGGGCGACGAUGGAGCGGCUGGUGACUUUUGCGUCGCAGGCCUCCCGCGCCGACUUUGCGUGGAUGGGGGGCAGCCGGCAGCAGCCCGUGGUGGUUACCGCCAGCGCCCAGGAGGGCGUGGUGCGGGUGUGGGAUGCACGCCCCACCGUCGGCAGCCAAACGGCGGCGUCGCGCUGCCGCCGCAGUCUCCUCUGUGGCCAGCGCAUUCUGGAGGUCUCCGUGCACGACCCUGCGACCCCGCACGACGGCGCGGACAGCCGCCGUAACGGCGUUAACACGGCUGGAGAGGCCUUCGUUGUCGCCACCACCUUCACCGGCGCGGUGCUUGUGUGGAACCUUGGCAGCGCGCUGCUGUCGUCUGUGGCGGAUCCGGUUCCGACGCCGCCGACGCUCCGCAUUGUCUCAAAGGAGGCCUCUGCACGACUGCUUUUUGGCGCCUUCAUGCAGAGUGAGGCGGGGGCGCCUCCACCGCUGCUGGUGCUGCGAGGCCGCUUCGCGGUGCCCCAUUUUGAGGCGCUGGACCUGCACGAGGCGGCGCGGAAGGCGUCCACCGCGUCGUCCGCGGCCGCAGCCGCCUCCGUGUUUGUGGAGGACGGCGCCGUCUACGUGAUGCCGACGGGGGCGGAGGCGGAGAAGGGCGGCGGGAUUGACGCCGUGCACGCCGACAUGGAGGUGCUGGACCACGCCUGGGCCACGCACUGCCGCCAGCAGCAACAGCUGCUCCGCCUCGCCGCCCGUGCCACCUACACGCCCUCGGAGGGCUUUGUCGCGCCGGUGCCAGUUCACGCGAAGAGCGUGAAGGACCUCCCGCAGAAGAGCCUGACGCUGGAGCAGCGCCUGAAGCAGCUGUCACUUGCAUCAAAGGCACCCUCGCAACAGCAGCAGCAGCAGCAGCAGCAGCAGCAAGAACAACAUGCUCUGGGGCUUGCGACGGUUCCGCUCUACCAGGCGCUUCAUGCCGGUGACGCGUCGGCCGUGAUGGAGCUCCUUACCGUCGCCUCACGAUCUGCGGCGGACAUCCGCGCAACGGUGAUGGGGCUUCAGCUGCCGUACUGUCUGCAGCUGCUGCAGAUUCUCACGCAACGCGUGCGCGGGGCCAACUCUCGCUCCCCCCUGUUUGACUGGAUAGACGCCAUUGUCCACUACCGCGGCGUCGAGAUGUACCAGGCGCAGCAGCUAUUCAAAGAACAACGGCGGCAGGAGCAGGAGCAGGCAGGGAGGCAAAAUGCGUCUUCGGAAAGUAGUAACCAAGGCGUCGAGGGGCCGCCGCCGCCAGCGACAGUCUCCGCGUCUGCGGCGUCCACGGCAAAGCCCUCACCACCAAAGGACUUUGUUGCGCCUCUGCUGCACCAGUAUAGGAAACUGACGGCCCUCUAUGACCCGCUGGCGGCGAUGUACGGUCGGCUCUCCAUCUUCAAGUCCGUCCGUCCAUCGGAGCGAGGCGCGUUCGCGAACUCCGACGCCGGCAUCAUCUUCCCUGCGAUGUUCACGGAGAUUCGCUGCGCCGGCGGCGAGUACCGCGCGCUGCGGGUGCGGAGCAAACACGACCCCCACUCCAGGAAGAACAAAAAGCGCGGGGCCAUGGCGCUGCUGCGCAAAGCGCAACGCCUGGCCGCCGCCGAGGCGGGGGCGGAGGCGGCAAACAAAAAACACGCCGGCGGUGGGAGCGACGACGACGAGGAGCUCGACAUGCACGCGCUGGAGCGGAUGGACCUGGACGAGGAAGACGCCAGCGGGGCGGAGGCGGCGGAGGCGGCGCCAGCGGAGAUGAUCGCGGAGGCGGACCGCGGCUCCUCCUACGGCGUCGACGCCUCCACGCACAGCAGCGAGGCGGAGUUUGACGCGGCGAGCGACGACGACGUCAACUCCGCGGCGAGCAGCGAGGAGGAGGACGAAGACGACAGCAGCGGCAGCGGUAGCGGUAGCAGCGUCGUUUCCGACACGUUGGACGCCGAGGCCGGUGCCGAGACCGACGACGACGACGACGAAGACGAGUACGACGAGGCGGAGGAGGCCGCGGGCGGCAUGGGCGACGACAUGGCGGAGCUGCUGCGGGCGCAGGGCGAGGAGGACCAGCUCGAGGGGCGGCGACACAAGCGGGUAAGGACGGACCACUGA